AAAACAAGAAACACCAUAGUUCAACAAUGGCUGAUCAUGCCUUAGCUGGAGAAGAGCAUACCCUCGUGAAAGGCUUUAUCAUCACAGAAGUAAAGAAGCAGUUAUGGCUUGCAGGACCUCUCAUUGUUUCUGGAGUACUUGAGAAACUAAUUCAGGUCAUCUCCCUCUCAUUUGUUGGUCAUCUUGGAGUGCUUCCCCUCUCUGCUGCUUCUAUGGCUACAUCCUUUGCAGCUGUUAUUGGUUUAAGCUUGUUGUUGGGAAUGGGAACCGCAUUGGACACUUUAUGUGGUCAGGCAUAUGGAGCAAAACAAUACCAUUUGCUUGGUAUAUAUUUACAAAGGACCAUGCUUUUGAAUGCUAUUGUGAGCAUUCCCCUUUCUUUCAUUGUGGCCUUUGCUGGUAAAAUCCUGCAUGCAACAGGUCAAGAUAAGGAAAUAUCCAUGGCUGCCGAAUUAUAUGCUCGGUGCAUGAUCCCGGUUUUGUUUUCCUAUGGCAUCCUUCAAUGCUAUUAUAGAUUUUUACAAGCUCAAAAUAUUGUCAUUCCUAUGAUUCUGAGUUCUGGCUUCACAAUUUUAGUUCACAUCUUUGCUUGCUGGAUUUUGAUGGUCAAAAUUAAGAUUGGCUAUGUAGGUGCUGCAAUUGCCAAUUCAAUAUCUUACUCUACAUCUUUAGUAUUAAUAGCAACAUAUGUGUGGUUGUCUCCAAGAUUCAAGAAUACAUGGCUUGGCUUCUCAAGGGAAGCUUUGCAUGAUUUCUCAAGCUUGAUCAAACUUGCAGUGCCAUCGGGUCUAAUGCUUUGUUUAGAGAUAUGGGCAUUUGAAGCGAUUGUUAUUCUUUCUGGUCUUCUUCCAAAUCCAAAAUUAGAAACAUCAUUACUUUCAAUAUGCCUUGUCACUAGUCUAUUGGGAUAUAUGAUCCCAUAUGGUAUUGGUGCUUCCGUAAGCACUCGCAUUUCAAAUGAAUUGGGCGCUGGAAAUUCAAGAAGAGCUCGCUUAGCAGUAUAUAUUGCAGGAAUCAUGUCAAUUAUCCAAGGUUCAAUCCUAGCAUCCACUCUAAUUUUAGUACGUAAUAUAUGGGGAAAAUUUUAUAGUAAAGAUAUGGAGGUUGUGAAGCAUAUUGCAAGUAUGAUGCCUCUUCUUGCACUAUCGGGCUUCUUUGAUGCCACUCAAUGCGUACUCUUGGGUGCUGCCAGAGGAUGUGGUUGGCAAAGGCUUGUUGUCGGAAUUAAUCUUGGAGCUUAUUAUAUGGUCGGUCUUCCUUCCGGUAUUUUGUUCGCAUUUGUUUUCCAUCUUAAAGAAAAGGGUCUGUGGUUAGGAAUCAUAUGUGGUCUUUUUACUCAAGUCGUGUUUCUUCUAAUCAUCACUCUAGUAACGAACUGGGACAAAGAAGCAAAGAAGGCUGAGAAUAGAAUCAACAAUUCCAUUAACUCCAUUGACAUGGCAACAAGAAGGAAUGAGGAAGCAGGAGUACUUGAUGGUGGUCCAUAACGUUCAUGGCGACAAUAAUACAUUAUGUUAGUUAUGCAUGUUGUAUCAUUGUAUCGAGAGUGUAUUUGCUUUCUCUGAUUCCCUGAAUCUAUCACUUCCUUUACUAUCAAUAAAGUUAA